AUGGACAUGGUGCAAAAAUUGAACUCCAGAGGUUAUGCACGUCUAGGAGUGACUAAUGCAGAAUCAGAUACAGUAACAGAAAAUGCAGCAGAAGUACCUAAAGAAGCAAUACUAACAGAAGUAGAAUCAACAGCAGCGUCAGAAGAACCACGUUCAGUAACAGCAGAAGCAACUCCUCCAGCAUUAGAACCAGCUCCUACAGCAGUAACACCAUCUCCCUCACCAGCAGUAGCAGCACAAAUUACUUCACCAGCAAUAGCAGAAGAAACACCAUCAGCAACAGCAGAAGCAACUCCUCCAGCAGUAGAACCAGUUCCCAUAGCAGCAGCACCAUCUCCCACACCAGCAGUAGCAGAACCAACUCCUUUACCAGUAAUAGCAGAAACAACUCCUCCACCAGCAGCAACUAAACCAACUUCACCAACAGCAGAAACAGUACCAGCUCCUCCUCCAUCACCUUCAAGAGUAGCAGAAAAUAAUAGACCAUUCACAGUAAGUAAAGUAUCAUCUUUGUCUCAUGAUGAAGUGAUACCAAAUGAUUUGGGAAAACAUGUUCCUAUAAAACUUGUGGACAUUCGUAUGAGUAAUUUGAGGUACGGUUUCAAUUUUGACAGUCCACGACCAAAAUUUUACGAUUUUGAUUAUUUUCUAUAUGAAGAUCUUCGUGUUUUCGAUAAAGAGGUUGUUGGUAUGCAGUAUGAUUUCCUGGUUAAUGCGAAUUACAUGAAACUACGAAGCAAAAAUGCAUAUUUUUAUGUCAUGAACCCGACAAACGGACCUGCUGAUUACACAUCACUUAAUGGCAUGAUGAGUACCGUUACAAUUAUCUUUGCUGGCUUGGACUUGUGUAACAUAAAGAUCUAA